AUGGCGAGCAAAAGAAGACAAUUCACCUACACGGACUACACGAUGGGAUGGAUCUGCGCCUUACCGAAUGAACAGACUGCAGCAAGAGCUAUGUUGUCAGAAAUUCAUCCCUCGCUGCCGAACAAAGAAAAUGAUCUUAACUAUUAUACGUUUGGAUCUGUUGCUGGCCAUAAUGUGGCCAUUACAUGUCUCCCGGGAGGCGAUUAUGGCCUGGUGCCCGCGUCGCAGGCCGCAGCACACAUGACCGGCAGUUUUCCAAACAUCAAAGUUGGCUUGAUGGUUGGAAUAGGCGGUGGAAUUCCUUCCACAAAGGUCCAGCUGGGUGACGUUGUGGUCAGUGAACCCAUUGGCGGGUAUCCGGCGGUUGUUCAAUACAACCGGAGCGGGACCAAUCCUGAUGGGUUUGAGAGGACAGGAAGUUUAAACAGACCGCCAAUCGCGCUUUUGACCGCAGUCAAAUCACUCAAAUCUGAUCAUGACUUGAAUGGGAGCCGGAUAUCGGAAUUUAUUGGCGAGGCCGAGGAAGUGCAUCCAAGACUGAGACGCUCCGGCUACACCGGUUCUGAAUCCUUGGAAGAUCCAUUAUAUUCGGCCCGCCGAGAGAUCCAGGGUAAAUGGAAGGGAAUGGUCCUUGUUAUUUGUGCGGUCUUUAUGGACACUUUCUGGUAUAUAUUAGGUGUGAAGUCGUGUGCACCGGCAGCGAAACCGGUCAACCGGGGAAAGGUUCCGGUUUCUCGCGGAUCAAAAAGGGCUUCUGGUGAGGUGCAUAUCCACUACGGCCUUGUGGCGUCUGCCAAUACUGUGAUGAAAGAUGCUGUAGCCCGUGACAAGUUGAAUGAUCGAUUUAACGGGCGUGUCUUGUGUCUUGAAACGGAGGCAGCUGGACUCAUGAAUCAUUUCCCUUGCAUCGUCGUUCGGGGAAUCUGUGACUAUGCAGAUUCUGGGAAGGACAAGACAUGGCAAAACUACGCCGCCAUGGUAGCAGCGGCGUAUACAAAGGAACUACUUCAUCAUAUACAGCCAGGUCAUAUCGGCAUCGCAGCUCCGGUACAAGGUACUACACAGAAUGGUCUUGAAGCUCCGGGCACCAUUCAUAUCGACAUCUAA